UUGUUGAGUCGAGCCGUGGAGCCCGAAGCAAACUGUUGUUGAAGUUUUCACUUGAUGUUGUAUUUGCAGUAUAAACGUAUAACCAGUAUACACAGUGGCUUAAAACGAAACGUUCUAAGGAAAGCAAUGCACCUUCAGGCACGGCUGUAGCGAGCACUUCAACGCAAGAAGUUCAAUACCGCCCAAAAAACAUUUCAUUUUCGACAUGAGCGCCUCAGCUGUCCCAACGCAAGGGGAAGAUACCUUCGGUGAUAAUAGAUGGAUUGCUAUGCACAAGGCAUUUCUGGCAGAAGGACAAGAGAAAGAACCCGAGGUCGUGAUGAUUGGGGACCACGCCAUAGCAUAUCUACAGCUGUCUGAGGUUUGGGAAAAGAAAUUUGCUCCACUCCACUGUCUUAACUUUGGCAUUCCAAGCGACCAGACACAGCAUGUUCUCUGGCGGAUCGAAAAUGGAGAGCUGGAAGGGGUAAAUCCCAAGGUGGUGGUCCUCUCAGUGGGCUCCAGCAAUUACAGUGACACAGUGGAGAUGGUUGCAGAAGGCAUUGACGCUUGUGUGAGUGCCAUAACUAAGAGGCUGCCAAAUGCACAAGUGGUUGUCAUCAAACUGCUUCCUUGUGGGCCAGCUCCCAAUCCUUUACGUGAAAAGCGGGCAGAAGUGAAUAGCCUAUUGAGUCGCUCCCUGAAGAACAAGCCCAAUGUACAGCUCGUGGACCUUGACCCUGGGUUUGUCCAACAGGACGGCUCUAUCAACUGCCACGACCUGUUUGACUUUGAGCACCUCAACAAGCAGGGAUACAACACUGCCUUCACCCCACUUGCUGACCUGGUAGAGCAGCUUCUGCGUGAGGCAUCUGGUGCUGGAGGAGAUGCUUCUGGUGAUCUGUAGACAUUGAGCCACCAUAUUUCUCUGUUUCAUUGAUGAUAUUCACAGUUGCCUGAGUAGCACAGCUUCUUCAUCAGUGUUAUGUACAUUUUUGUUUCCUGAGAAUCUUGCAUGAACUGUAGCCAUGCGAGGCCCAUUCCAUGUUUCUGGUGAUGUUUUUUUAUAGAGACACAUCGAGAAUUACGAUUACUCUCUGACAAGGGGUUGAGCAUACCCAUGUUGCAUAUUGUUUUUGUUGCAAUGUUACAAAAUUUCUUCUUUCCUCUGGCAAGCCAGAAAUUUAGCGUGCACAUGCAGCUGUGUGCUAACAAACAAAUGCACUAAAUUUUUUUUGUGUGUGCACAGUAAUUGCUGCCUUGAAGGUGUGUGAUGUCUUGUGAGAUACACGUGGUAUUUUUUCAACUUCGAGCAUGCCAUCAGUUUGGUGACCGCAUAGCAAAUUAUUGGGUGCGUGGACCCUACUUAUCCUGCUUGCUACACUUUAGAGGAUAGCUCUUUGAAGAGCAGGUUUGUGAGCUCCUUUUGUGUAGUUCAGAUUCUGCAUCGUUUAUCUCACAGAAGUGGUGGAAGCAUAUCACCUCCUUUUAUCUAACUUAUGGCACAGUGGAUGACCAAUGCAUUGUUUGAUGAGGUUGCACAUGUUGACCAUCAUGUUGUGCACAAUCACAAACACUGGUACAACAGCAGCACAUUAUUAUUCAUUCAGUGCUUUCAUGGCACAAGCAAAAUUUUUCAGUUGUUUAUGAACAAGUUGCGUGGCUUGCCAAAACUUGCCUGACCUUAUUACAGAAAAUGAUGAGGACUGAUUAUACAGUACAGUGUGUACCAGUAAAGCAUUGUGGAUAUUUGUGUGUUCCUUCUUGCUGAGGACUAGGUGAUAAAGCAUAUAUUAGGUUGUUCUUAAUGCCAGGCCUAUUUAUAUGAAGCUAAUAAGUAUUCCUGCAGCAUAGGAAGAAACUGUGCAUGCAUUUUCCUCACACACAAAAUGCCUUGUAGAAUCUAAACAGUAGCUUGACAGCCACCGUAGACUGCUUUGUCAGUUGUAGACAUGUGAGGAGCAUCGGCGUGUUUCUGUACUAGACGUGUUGAAUGAAUGUUGCGCAUUGUACAGUGUGUGUUUGUUUUUUCUGAUGAAACUGCAUUGCUUGAAGUAUAUUGUUAAAAUAAAUGCUUUUAAGAGAUGGCUCUCAUUGAAAAAGUU